GCCGUCUUCAAGCGAUUCUCUAUCCCUCGAUGGAAUCGUCCCAAGGAUUUUGUUCAUAGAGAUGGGUUCACCGAUUACCGGGAGUGGGGAAGAAUUCGGGAUAUAUCUUGGUCCUCAGGACGCUGGCAAGGGAAGAGAAUCCAGAGAUGGAACGACACUCCCAAAAUCUCAAGCCAAGCGAGUGAAAGUCAGAAUCGGUUUCAUUCCUUCCGCAUACAAUCCAAGGUGGGGGAAUUUUAUCAGAGUUCUUGAGUCUAGGCUUGAAGGGAACACCUCUAUUUUUGUUCCAGUUGAUAGAGGAGGUUCGAAAUGCUUCUUUAAUGCUGUUGAUGUCUUCAUUGGUAAGACAAAGAACCCNUGUAUUACGGAAAUUGGGAGGAAUUAUGACAUUUGGUUUGAUUUACAAGGGUUGAAAUGGAUUCUUGAGCUAUUCCCCAAAUUAAACCAAAGAAACCCUUGGGCUAUCACGCGAUUUGAAACGCAUCGAAAACUUUCAAUUUCAUAUGGGUCUAAUAGGUGGGGGAAUUUUAUCAGAGUUCUUGAGUCUAGGCUUGAAGGGAACACCUCUAUUUUUGUUCCAGUUGAUAGAGGAGGUUCGAAAUGCUUCUUUAAUGCUGUUGAUGUCUUCAUUGGUAAGACAAAGAACCCCAAUAUUGAAAAAACUCUCCCUGCUACUCAGAAGUUUACAAUGGUACAUGAGGCUCAUGCACCUGGCUCCUCUAGCAGACAUGGUAGCUCUGGUGGUAUGACACUUGGAGGGCCUCCAACAGAUGGAUUUGUGGCGAACAAAACUUCUGAUGGAACUCAUCCUCCUAAGGUUCCACUUCCAGAGUUCUCUCCCAUAGAUAAAGCUCCUGCUAUAAUAUUGGGAGGAGGAAAUGAAAUAUCAACGGAUUCGCAACCCACACUAGAGAUUGGACAGGUUGAUGAUGGGAUACUGACAGAAGCUCUGCAACCUGGAGUCUCGGGUGCAAGAAACCAACUUCAGCCUGGCACGCCUGGUGAGUUGGAACCAGAAGAUGAGUCUAUUAAGCCAUGUCUCCUAAACCGUGAAGAGCAACUGAUUAUCGACGGUCUGUUUAAGCACGCUCCGGAAAUGCAAGUUUUAAGUUUGGAUAUUCCUAUUCAAUCUGAGCUUAAGCUAAUGAUGAUCGAUGCAAAUGUGGAGGAAUCAGCAAGAGGAGAUCUCCAAAAAGAGUUUGAGAUUCUUAAGCCGAUUUUUGAGCAACAUAUUAGUGAUGACUUUGAGCAAUCUCUUUGUAUAAUUAAGGAAGCGUUGCGCUCGCCUUUCGUCAUAGAAAAGAUUCAGAAGGGUCUAGUGAAAACACUCCAGGGUAAGGCAAUAAAAGCUACAAGGGACGCUAUGAAGAGCGCACAAUGCAUUAGGGCAAUCAAGCUGAAAGGUACGAGACAUCCGGUCCUCCUAUCUUGUGCCAACAUUGAUGAACCUAUCAUUACGUCCUUGUGUGAACACCUCAUCGAUUAUGAAUGACUGUGAGGACAACUAGGGAUUCUUUAUCUAUGGUUUGUUGCUUGUUGAUGAUGGACUACUUGAGACAAUAUAUUCUUAUAUAUUCUAUGGUUUCCUCUUGUUAACUGUGGAAAGGAUUUGAAACGGCAUCAAGGUCUUUACACGUUAAGGGUUUCCUUGUUUUAGGGAAUUUCUUUAAGGUUUUUGGGGCUGCAACUCUCUAAUAGCUACUGGAUAUUGCUGUACUUGGAAGUAUUACAGACAGUCUGUAACAUCUCAGGAAAACAACACACCAUAAACAAUUUGACUGAAUGAAUGGGUCAAUGGGGA